AUGGGUAUGAAGACUCUUGCAUACGAUUCUAAGCUGGAGUCCAACGCUAUGGACACCGUAGAAUCGAGUAAAGGGGCUAUGGUUCAUAAGCUCAAUGAAGGCACUCUAGGUCAAGUUCUAGCGCCUGGUGAUGCCAACCAUUUUGAACAUGUAUUUGUGGGCGGGUGGCUAUGUGAGAUGCCCAGCCUUCCAGGCCUGGGUGAUGUAUGCCAGCGUGAGUCCAAGGGCUGGGCUUACAAUGGACAAACUGGUCACGCAGAGAUUUUAACAUCGAAAGAAUACUCUAAAAUUGGAUGCGCACUCUCGACUGGAAUCUGGUGUUGUGAUUUGGCAUAA